AUGACAAGCUUGCAGUACAUGUCGGGAUUUGGAAAUGAAUAUGUUUCCGAGGAUCCACGCUGUCCAGGAGCUUUACCAGAGGGACAGAAUAACCCACAAGUCUGUCCAUAUGGCCUGUACGCUGAACAGCUCUCGGGCUCUGCCUUCACCUGUCCCCGGCCCACAAACAAGCGAAGCUGGCUGUAUCGGAUCCUACCUUCAGUCUGUCACAAACCCUUCAAACCUCUCGAGGAGGGCCACUUGACGCACAACUGGGAUGAAGUUGAACCUGACCCCAACCAGCUACGAUGGAAACCUUUUGAGAUCCCAAAAGCCCCUCAGAAAAAGCUGGACUUUGUGAGUGGACUGCACACCUUGUGUGGUGCCGGUGAUCUCAGAGGACGCAACGGCAUCGCUAUCCAUAUUUACGUCUGCAACACCUCCAUGCUCGACAGAUGCCUUUAUAAUUCAGAUGGUGACUUCCUGAUUGUGCCCCAGCAAGGGAAAUUGCUCAUCACAACUGAGUUUGGGAAGAUGUUAGUGGAGCCCAAUGAAAUCUGUGUUAUCCAGCAAGGAAUGCGUUUCAGUGUGGAUGUGUUUGGAGAGACCAGAGGCUACAUCCUGGAGGUGUACGGAGCACACUUUGAGCUGCCUGACCUGGGACCCAUCGGAGCCAAUGGCCUGGCCAACCCACGAGACUUCUUAGUGCCUGUUGCAUGGUACGAGGACCGCCAAGUGCCAGGGGGCUACACAGUGAUCAGCAAGUACCAGGGCAAGCUGUUUGCGGCCCAGCAGGAUUUCUCUCCCUUCAAUGUUGUAGCCUGGCAUGGGAACUACACGCCGUACAAAUACCACCUGGAAAAAUUCAUGGUUAUUAACGCUGUUGCUUUUGACCAUGCGGAUCCUUCUAUAUUCACUGUCCUGACAGCCAAGUCAACCCGCCCUGGAGUGGCACUGGCUGAUUUUGUCAUAUUCCCCCCACGAUGGGGUGUAGCUAACAACACCUUCCGGCCACCCUACUACCACCGGAACUGCAUGAGUGAGUUCAUGGGGCUCAUCAAAGGCCACUACGAAGCAAAGGAGGAAGGCUUCCAGCCUGGAGGGGGAAGCUUGCACAGCAUGAUGACUCCUCACGGGCCAGAUGCUGACUGUUUCGAGAAGGCGAGCAAAGCCAAGCUGGAGCCUGAGAGGGUUGCAGAAGGGACCAUGUCUUUCAUGUUCGAAUCAUCCCUGAGUCUCGCCGUCACCAAAUGGGGCCUCCAGACCUCCAACUGCCUUGAUAAAAACUACUACAAGUGCUGGGAACCUCUGAAAAGCCAUUUCAAUCCUAAGUGCAAGUAAAGAGAAGUAUUUGCUGUUUGCAAUACAAGAGCAAAGGCAGUGAAAUCCAGCGUACCU